AGUAGUAUGUAGCAGGCCGUUUCGGAAACAGUCACCGCCAUUUUUCAAACAGUCGACGAAUGCGGAAGUAGUAGUCGGUGUAUCAUCUCGCUCCCCUUCCUGCUGCUCUCUGUCUGAGGGAGGAGUAUCACUUUAAGAUUAGGGCGUAUCCACUUUUCAAGAAUUAGGAAAUGCGCUGAUGUUUGGAAGAAGUCCCUCCUUUACUUUUAAUUUGACCACGGGUUUUUCUGCAGACCGUCCGCAGCACUUCAACAGCCCGCCUGUCAGAUCCAUCACUCCCGGGGACCAGCAUCGGUCCCGUCCGUCAAUGGCUAAUUCAACCCUCACACCGGGUCCGACAACAACACCACCAGAAAAAGGUGGAAGCAACCACCCAGACUACAUCGCCUUCGUCUUGGUGCCUGUUUUCUUCCUCCUGGGCCUGCUGGGGGUGGUCAUCUGCCACGUGUUGAAGAGGAAGGGCUACCGGUGCACCACUGAGGCCCAGGAUGGAGAGGAGGAGGAGUGUGUGGAGGAGGAAGAGAAGGAUCUUGAGCUGGGUGGAGAUUUUAACGACACCAUCAGUGAUAACAACGACACGGUUGGACAGAUCGUGCGCUACAUCAUGAAGAAUGAAGCAAACUCAGACGCCCUGAAAGCCAUGAUUAAUGAAAACAGCAUUGAUUCUGAUGGUCCUCCAUUAACCCCCACCUCCCCGGGCACCCCAACCCCUCCGAUGACGCCCUUAUCACCGGGUGCACCCCCCUGGGCCGCCAAGCACACCUGCAACCACCUGCACACCAUCGGCGGCCCAGCCGGCCAGAAGAACAUCUGCACGCGCUGCAGCCAGAAGAAAUGGCCUCUGAUGAGGAGGUCAUCCGCGCGGAAGGUGGAACACCGCCGCAGCCACCAUGGGGAGGUCACGGUGCUGGCUGUGGGCAGGUUCAGGGUGACAAAGAUUGAUAAACCAGCGAGGGAGAGGCGGACUCUGCUAAUAUCAGACUCUAAUGGCAGCGUUCCUACGUCUCCUGUGGAGGCGGAGCCAAAGAGCAGAACCACGUCAGAGUCCCAGCAGGAGCAGACGGACGACGCAGACAAAGAGAAACGAUAGAAGUCAAAGUUGAGUAUCAACAUUUCUCCACUGGAUGGUACAUGUGUGUUUUUUUAAUUAUCUGUGUCUCAACAUUUUGAUCCCUCAUUCUGCAGGUUUUCCAAAGAGAAGACAAAAACACCUGGACACUAAUUCAACCAAAAGAACAUUAAACCAUCAGCACAGGAGGAGCAAAGAGUCGUCCCUCUGUAUUCCAGCUCCACACUGGUCUAAAGUGCUGCUGCUGCUGCUGAUGAUGAUGACGAUGAUGAGGGUCACAGUGGCAAAAGUGACAUGCAGAGUCAUACCAGCUAGUAAUUUACAACCAAGAGGAGGCAAACACUCCAUUUCCUCCUCUGGCAUACAAGUACAAUAGUGCCUUGCUUGUGGAAAGUAUAGCAGGGUGUGAUGCUGCUGAACCAUGUGUGCACAUACGAGUUUGUAUGUGGACAUAUUAAAGAGUUUCACCCGCCAGUUAAUGAAUUAUACUUCACCCAAAGAAAACCAGAUGAACCAGUCUGAGAUUAAAUAUUAGGUUGUCAUUCCCAAACAGGAAGCAGGAACAACCUGAUCCCAGAACCAGGAAGUAGAUCAAAGUGUGGACAUGUGGUAAGCACGGCAUCCUGCAGUGAGGUGAACAUGAUGUCAGCAUCAUAGCGGCUCUGCGUUUUGUCCUCAGUUCUGACCUCACAAGAAGAAUGAGAAGAAGAAGAAGAGGAAGAAGAGAGUGAUGUGUUAUGGGUCAAGCAACAUAUCUGUUUCAAUACUCAGACAUAAUAUGCUCACUCAGUGUUAUAGUGUCUAUCCAAACCCUACCAGAUAUUCCUUUUGUGAUUUCUGGUGUCAGAGAGGCAUUCCUCAAUCUCUAAACCUACUUUUCUUUUUUUCUUUUUUGCCCCUCUGUAGCUUUAGACAUAAAAAUCAUCUGUUAUCAGUAUGUAAGGCUGCCUGGUUACUCUUCAAAGCCGUCAUGUGGAGUCUUGAACAAACUCUUUUACCUCUGUUUUGUUCUCCACCAUCCAGCGCCCCACUUUAAAUCUAGAAUGGUAAAAUUUUCCCCCAAAUUGCGGUCUGGGAGUUGGAAAUGUAUUCGUUUACAAGAUAGGGAAACUUCUACUGAAAAAAGAAGAUGCCUCAAGUGCAUUAUGGGAAAUGUAGAGCUGUGGCUGAAACAAAAUAAUUAAAGUCAGUAAACUUAAAAUCAACUUAAUUUUGGACCUUUUUUAUGAACUAUCUCAUGUUAGUCUGCGUAGCUUGUUUUUCUUGUCAUCUCUGUGGUGAAAACAUAUCAUAUUAGACAUAUUUCAUGUCACCUUGUGAAUGUUAUUUCAUUGUGCCUCAUUUUUUUAAACUGUUUUGUAAGUAACAUUGGACAGUUUGCUGUGUUUUUAUUAUUGUGUAAUGUAAGGCAAAUAAAGAUGACUAAUACAUAUCAAACUGUA